GGGAUAGGAACACUGCUGAACUGUACGUGCUUGCUGGAGAGCCCAUGCCGUGAGGAGAUGAACUUCACCUCCUACGUGGUUCUGAGCACAUUGGUUGUCUUAGGAGUAGUGGCGCAUGCAUUUGCUGUUCAUGAGCAGUUCUACCCUGCAGUCAUCUACUUGUCCACUGACAAGAUCUGCUUGGCGGUGAUGUACAAUUUCGUGUUUGCAUUGUUCCUCUUAUUUGGAAAAAUCCUUCUCCGGAUAUUUAUUGGAACUCUUCGAGAUGUCGAGGUAGAGCAAUUGGUUGAUUCAGGCCGUGGUUUCUUGGCAGAGACCAUACUCUUCUUGGUGUUCUAUGCUCCCACAAUAGACAAUCGUGAGGUCGGAACUGUUUUCUUGAUCCAGUACAUUUGCUGCGUUAUAUUCAUGAAGGUUUUCCAUCUCACCACUCAGAUUCGCGUCUCCCAUAUGUUUGAGGUUGGCGUACCCAGGCUGAUUGUCACCGUCAAGCUAGUUGGGUUGAUGGCUUUACUGCUAGGCUGUGACCUUCUCGCACUGAACUAUUUCUACAGUGUGGCGUCAAGAUCUUCCACAUUCUUUACAUGGAUCCUUUUUGAGGCGUUGACAAUGUCUACUGUGGUGUUGGUUUCGAUGUGCAGAUAUUCGAUCCACAUGGUUGAUUUGAGGCUGGAGAAUGGCUGGCCAGCAAAAUCAGUGUGCCUUUUCUACGUAGAUCUCAUCCAUGACGUUGUUUCUAUGACCCUGUUUUUGAUCUUCAUGCUCACGUUUUUCGUGCAAAAUCCGUCUCGGCUGCCGAUCUACAUGAUGGCCGAUGUCAUCCAGGUGGCUCGAAAGCUGGCACAGCGGUUGCGAAGCUUUCGCCGCUACCGGUGCAUCUCCCGAAAUAUGGAGUUGCGGUUCCCUGAUGCCACAGAUGCUGAGAUCGAAGAAAACGAGCACUGCGUCAUUUGUCGGGAUUCCUUGUUUGACGGCUCCAAGCCCAAGAAGCUGUCAUGCAACCACAUUUUCCACAUAGACUGCCUAAAAUCUUGGCUCGUUAUGCAGCAGGUAUGCCCCACUUGCCGGGCAGAAAUUCCUGCUGACGGCCCUUUGCUCAAUGGCGCCCCUACACCCAUGCAAGAGGAAACUGGUUUGGCUGCUGCAGCGGCUGCUGCAGCUGCAGCUGCGGCUGUGCAGGCCCAACUGCCUUCGCAAUCAAUGCAAAAUGUCCAGCCUGCCGAUUCCAGCCGAAGAGCUCAUGGACAGGCUGAUGACGCCUUGCGAUCGGCUUCAGGAAGCCAGCCAUCAUCUGCCCUAGUGGCCAGCGUGCCGGCUCAAUCGACGCAAAAGGCCCAAGUAGCGACAGCAACUGCAAGGGUCAAUGGGCAGGUCAGUGAAGAUGUUGCAGGAUCUUGGCCAUCGCCUCCCUCGGUCGUUAGUGCUUCGCAACUUCCUCCAUUGCAGGACAUUUUGGAUGCCAUAGGGCGCGCGGAAGAGGUUGCUGCGUUCUUGCGGGAGCAGCAAUCCUUUUGGCUUGAGCAGGUCAGGCAGAUUCAGUCUGGCUCAGCACCCUCCCCACCGAAGAGCUUCGUAAGUUUGGCAGCAAACCGUUUUGCCUUUCCAAGCAUGAUUGCAUUGCAUGUUUUCCAAGGCUCGAUCCCAUGUGCCAAGUCCACCUCGAGCUCCAGACGAGGCCGCCAAGUAAGUUGGGGCACGAAACUGAGCAAAUGAUCGUUAGUUGUGUGCGAAAAAUGGGUUUCAAUCACACACACACACACACUUGAAAGGAUCGCCGUGUGUGACAAAUUGGAAUUGGGGACAUUUUGGAUGAAUUGGCCUGAAGCAGACUUUUGCUGACUGAAAAGCGGUCGCUCAAAUAUUGCAAUGAAGGAGCUUCAACCAAUCCUUUGUUGUGUUCU